UGGCACUGUUAACUGGCGCAGCAAACGAAGGAGUAAUGUGCACGUGUGUGUGAUUUGUUAUAAAAAUAAUCUGUACAAGUUAUCUGAUGAAUAUAAAUUUGACGAGAGAUAUGAGUUGCUAUCUGUUAAAUUCGGCAAAAUGGAGUGUGAUUUACUGUGUGAGAAGGCAAUCCAAUCGAUUACUCGUAAAGCAAAUAAGCGAUUUGAGUCUAUUUAAACUGCAAGAUCGACCAGGAAAGUUCUUUCAUUAUGGUGGAAGGGGUUUGUUAUUUCGUCAAAUGAGAAUAACAUCGAACGACAUAAGAAUAUGCUCUCAAGUCUUUCAAUACCAGAUAUCUCGAACUUUAGAAAACAAACCAAAACAUAAAUUAGAAAAGGAAGAAGAACUGGCCGAGAAUGCAAAUGAAGAAAAGGAAGAGAAGAAAAUGUCGUUAGUUCAGCGUUAUAAAACAAUGUUAAAGGAAUAUUGGUAUGUUCUAAUACCUGUUCAUGUGGCAACGUCAUUGGUUUGGUUCGGUAGUUUCUAUUACGUAGCGAAAAGUGGUUUCGACAUAGUGCCAUAUUUGGAAGCAGUUGGAUUCAGCGAACAGUUUCUAGAGCCUCUAAAAAAUUCCAGUCUAGGUUAUUUAGCCGUCGCAUCAGCCAUAUACAAACUAGCGACACCAGCAAGAUACAUGGUGACCAUCGGAGGGACGACCUUUGCAGUAAAGUAUCUCACCAAAAGGAAUUACAUAAAACCCAUGAAAGACAUUAAGACUAUGAUACAGCAGAGAAGAAAGGGAAGUUGAAUCGAAAGAAUAUUUUCUAAGAAUGGAAGAAAUGCUUUAAUUUAUGAAAGUCAUUUAAUGUUCUAUAGCAGAAUCAUGGAAUUUUUAAAAGUACAUAAAAUUCUUUUAGAGGAAUUAUAUUUUCACACGUAGAAACACAGCGUAAUGAAUAGUCAAUUUUGUAUUUUGUUAGUAUUCUUUUUUAAAUUUGCACUUGCCCUUUUUUUUUAAGCCAGAUAAGAUGUAUGUAGGAUGGUGACAGUGAAAAUUUGGAGUAAUGACGACACACAGGAAAUUAUUUUUGAUUUUAUAAU